AUGUCUGAGCAACCGUCGUUACCUCCACGAAGACCAGAUAUUAAGCGGAAACUAGUCGUUGUUGGCGAUGGUGGCUGUGGCAAGACAUGCCUACUCAUCGUCUAUGCUGAGAACCGCUUCCCGGAGGCGUAUAUCCCGACCGUGUUUGAGAACUAUGUGACUCUGGUUUCAUUCGACGGUAAGCUGGUUGAGCUUGCGCUCUGGGACACCGCAGGACAAGAGGAAUACGAUCGGCUGCGACCACUUAGUUAUCCUGAGAGCGACGUCAUCCUCAUCGUCUUCUCCGUCGACUUUCCUGUUAGUCUUAUGAAUGUUCAGGACAAGUGGUACCCAGAGGUUGCACAUUUCUGUGAGGGUGUCCCAAUCAUCCUCGUUGGCACGAAGACGGACCUACGGAGGGAUGAGCAGACGAAGCGGAUGCUGAGUGCACAGGGCUUGACACCCGUCGCAUCUGACCAGGGAAUGAGCGUCGCGCGCGAGAUAGGCGCGAAGUACAUCGAGUGUUCGGCAAAGUUGGGGACGGGUGUGAAGGAGGUUUUCACGCUCGCGCUCAAAGAGAGCAUGCGUAACAAGUGGGGCAAGAUGGUCAAGGUCCGGCGGUGCGUCGUCAUAUAG